UUUCUGGAUUGUUGCUCUUGGGCCUAGUACUCUUCAAACUUUGGAAGAAAACAAAGAAAAGAGGUAACAGUAUUCAUCCAAUCUUACCAAAAACAAAGAACAUAAUAUAAUAUGGCGGAGAUAUUAUGUAUUGAUAGUCAGUUUUUCUUUCUGUAACCCAUUGAACAAGCCAUGAAAACAGUGAGGAGAUUGAGGUACCUCUAGUUGAACUCUCUACUGUUAUGACUGCUACAAAAAAUUUCUCUGAGGAAGACUUUAUUGGAGUUGGUGGCUUUGACAGCGUUUACAAGGGCAUUCUUUCUAAUGGAGAAGAAAUAGCAGUCAAAAGGUUGUCAAAGAAUUCUAGGCAGGGAGGCGAAGAGUUUAGGAAUGAAGCAACUUUAAUUGCCAAACUUCAAUACAAGAAUCUUGUAGCAUUUUUGGGAUGCUGUAGUCAAGGAGAAGAAAGGCUUUUGAUCUAUGAGUACAUGCCUAAUAAAAGCUUGAAUUAUUUUAUCUUCGAUCCGAAGAAAAGAGAAUUAUUGACAUGGCCAAAGCAGUUUGAGAUAGUUAUGGGGAUUGCAAGAGGACUUGUCUAUCUCCAUCAAGAUUCUAAACUUCAAAUUAUUCACAGACAUCUCAAAGCAAGUAAUAUUUUACUAGACAAAUAUCUAAACCCUAAAAUCUCAGACUUUGGCUUGGCAAGAAUCUUCAGAGAUGAUGUUGAAGAUGCAAAAACAGAGUCAUGGGAACAUUGCAAGUUCUAUCAACUAUUAACAUAUGUAUGUUAG